AAUGCUUCAAUGGAUAUAAAGUUAUUUUUCCUUGUUACUUUAUAAAGGAUUUGCACUCCUAUUCAUCCGUCAUUUUCUUUAUAUAUGAAAGAAAAAUGUUUUAAAUUCUUUCCAUAGCUCGCUGCAUGAUGGAUGCAAAAGUGUGGAUUGUAUGUAGCGUUGGUAUUUUAUACUUAAGUGUUUGUGACGGCGGUUAUUGCACUCAAUACUAUUCAAAUUCAGAAACUUGUUCCCAUCUUGUUCACUACUAUACAACAUGUGGCUGGUGGAGCGGAUGUGGAAGAUACAGGUUAACAUCAUAUGGCUGCUACAAGCAGCGCAGUCGACGCGUGUGUUGUACCGGAUAUCAGGGCCAAGAUUGCAGUCAGCCAAUUUGUUUUGGAUCGACUAGUUGCCCAAACGGCGGGACAUGUAGAGCCCCGGACACGUGCAGUUGUCGUGCGGGAUUUUCCGGAAAAAAGUGUUCAGAUGAUGAUGAAUGCAAUGACAAAACACACUCGUGUGAUCACAAUUGUACAAACGAAGAAGGUGCGUAUAGCUGCUCCUGCAACAUGGGAUAUUUGUUGGACAUAGAUAAUCGCACAUGUUCAGAUGUCGAUGAAUGCAAUGUUGGAUCGAGGAUUUGUAAUCACAUUUGUACCAACCUGAAUGGGACGUACACAUGCUCUUGUAGAUCAGGAUAUACUCUGAACACAGAUAAUCAGACAUGUUCCGAGGAGGUGAAUCCUACCAGUAUGGUGUGGAUAGUUUCUAUUUCUUCGUCCGGAACACUAGUUGCUGUUUGCGUGGCUGUCGUUGUGUUUCUUGCAAUAAGGUGAUACCACUCAAAGGCUGAGACAAGGAUGAAAAAUGAUGUAUCUUAUAAUAAAGCUUAGAAACUGUUUACUUCGAAUGUCUUGGGAAGACGGAAGAUCAGACCUGCGCAAACCAAGAGAACGUGUACAAUUCUUUAUCGGGCGACGCUGAAUAUUGUUAUGCUCUGGAAAGAUGUCAAGACGAUCAAAAAGUAUCAACAGUAAACGCCAAGGAAAAUCCCAUGUACAUCAACACUAUUUGAAUGUCAUAUGUCCCUCAACCAUGAGAUUAAGGUAGUAAAACGACUCUAUUUUUUAAGCGCAUGGAGUCAAAUUACAUUCACAUUGCUACAUACAGAAACGUUAUUUGUUUUAAGUUUUAUUUUGCUAUAGAAUGAAUAGUACGCGAUAAAUACGUUUAUAAAAUGUUAGUGUAUUCUUUAGAUAAACGCGGUGUGUGUCUCUGAACAGCAAUUGCUGUUAGCGGUUAACUAAUGUUAUACAAUUAAUGGUCAAUAUGUAUACAUGUAUUUGGAUAAUUUGAAUCUCAAGCACACGCGCACACAAACACACACACUCACACAUACGUGAAAACGCACACACACACACGAAAACACGCACACGCACACACACACACACACACACACACACACACACAUAUGUUAUGGAAUGUAUACUAACUUUAGUUAAAAUACUUUCAAUAAACAAGACAUAUAUCUAUGAAUAACCUUUGAAUACGCAGAUAACUGUUUAACACUGUCUAUUGAUCUAAACAAUAUUUGACCACCGCUUUUAUAACUAUUGUUUAAAUGUUUAAAUGCGUAUUCAUAUAUUGAUUGCUGAUUAAAUACUUAUACUUUU